AUGCUCUUACUCCAGGACAAAACCUUGAACAAAUGGGCCACAGAAAUUGUCUUCAAUGUCCUGAACAUCCUGCACAACACCUGUAGAAGGAUCGAGGCAAUUCGGAGGAGCCAUCGACAGAUCGUCCCCGCGUUGGAGAAGUUGACAGCAUCAGAAGACCCGAUUGUCCAAGCAUGUGCUUUCAUGUCUCUCUCGUACAUGGUUGACAAGGAGGAGGCCGAUAAGCUUCCCACCAAUUCUGCCUGUGUGGACAACCUUCUCUCGCUGCUCAGGCAAUCACUGGAGAACGUCGAGCACAAGAUCCGGAUUACCAGAAGCACCGGCACCGACGCAUUCAUAAGAGGUUUCACUUUCUCCGCCAUCGAGCUCGUCCAGGGCAUCAAGCAGCUUGCAAUCAAUGAUGACAACAAGCGCCUCAUCGCCGAGAAGGAUGGCAUCACCAUCAUAUCAAGUAUGCUAAAGAUGGGGCUAAAUAAGGACUGUUCAUCGCAAGAAAAGAGAUACGCAGCAGAAGCACUUUGGCAACUCGCCUUCAGGCAGGAGAACCUGUGGACUGUUGGUGCGUCAUUUCCUGCAUUCAGCAUUCAAACCACUUUUCAGCUCGUCUUGCAUUCAGUCUGUAAAGAGCAUAAAGAUCUGUGGACUGUUGGUGCGUCAUAUCCUGCAUUCAGCAUUCAAACCACUUUUCAGCUCAUCUUGCAUUCAGUCUGUAAAGAGCAUAAAGAUCUGUGGACUGUUGGUGCGUCAUUUCCUGCAUUCAGCAUUCAAACCAUUUUUCAGCUCGUCUUGCAUUCAGUCUGUAAAGAGCAUAAAGAUCUGUGGACUGUUGGUGCGUCAUUUCCUGCAUUCAGCAUUCAAACCACUUUUCAGCUCGUCUUGCAUUCAGUCUGUAAAGAGCAUAAAGAUCUGUGGACUGUUGGUGCGUCAUUUCCUGCAUUCAGCAUUCAAACCACUUUUCAGCUCGUCUUGCAUUCAGUCUGUAAAGAGCAUAAAGAUCUGUGGACUGUUGGUGCGUCAUAUCCUGCAUUCAGCAUUCAAACCACUUUUCAGCUCAUCUUGCAUUCAGUCUGUAAAGAGCAUAAAGAUCUGUGGACUGUUGGUGCGUCAUUUCCUGCAUUCAGCAUUCAAACCAUUUUUCAGCUCGUCUUGCAUUCAGUCUGUAAAGAGCAUAAAGAUCUGUGGACUGUUGGUGCGUCAUUUCCUGCAUUCAGCAUUCAAACCACUUUUCAGCUCGUCUUGCAUUCAGUCUGUAAAGAGCAUAAAGAUCUGUGGACUGUUGGUGCGUCAUUUCCUGCAUUCAGCAUUCAAACCACUUUUCAGCUCAUCUUGCAUUCAGUCUGUAAAGAGCAUAAAGAUCUGUGGACUGUUGGUGCGUCAUUUCCUGCAUUCAGCAUUCAAACCACUUUUCAGCUCGUCUUGCAUUCAGUCUGUAAAGAGCAUAAAGAUCUGUGGACUGUUGGUGCGUCAUUUCCUGCAUUCAGCAUUCAAACCACUUUUCAGCUCGUCUUGCAUUCAGUCUGUAAAGAGCAUAAAGAUGUAAGUUCUUUUAACCAUUUACAUAAUUUCCGCUACAAUUUUUGACCACAUGAUAUGUUUUAUUCAGGAGCCAUACAAUUGUAUGGAUCAUCAAAAUAAUUGGAUAACAAAUUCCAGUUUAAUUUGUACCU